ACAUAUAUUACCUUUAUAUUGUCAAAGUUAUUAGCUUUAAUGUUUGUUGCUUAGAUUAAUGCGAAUAUUCAAGAUGCGUCACAAUAAUUCUCGACCUACAGAAGAAUGCCCUUUGACAAAGGGUAAAAGUUACAAACAUAAAUUAAAUAUGUAUUGUGGAGAUGGUUUAAAAUUUAUCAUAAGCUGUUUUACUAUUCUGAGCAUUUCUAUUACAACAACCUUAAUUCUACAAAUACUUUAUACCAAUGGAACUCCUCAGGAUAAAGCUGGUAUCCAUGGUGCAGUUGCAACAGAUUAUACAAAUUGUUCACAAAUUGGUACUAAAAUUUUAAGAAAAGGUGGUAAUGCAAUGGAUGCAGCUAUAGCAGCUACUAUUUGUAUGACAGUAGUAGCUCCGCAUAAAACUGGCCUUGGUGGGGGUGGCUAUAUUAUGAUAUAUAACCAUAAGGAACAAACAAAUCCAGUUAUUAUUGACUUUGCAAAUAAUACGCUUACAGGUAGUUUUACACAAAAUGGAAUACGUAUACCAGCUAUGUUACGGAGUUUAGAAUAUGCACACAACUUAAAAGGUAAAUUACCUUGGAAUGAAAUUAUUAAACCUUCUGUGACAUUAGCCAGAGAUGGGUUUGUUGUAUCAAAGGAAUUAGCAAGUGAAAUAUCAAGAAAUAUUAACUAUGAAAUGAUAUAUGGACAUCUCAGUGCAGGGGAUAUACUGAAAUUACAUGAUCUUAGUGACACAUUAAAUGAUGUGGCAGAACAUGGCACUGAUGUAUUAUACAAUGGAACUUUGUCACAGAAACUUUUACCUGACCAAACUGAGCUCUUAGAUUUAUUUGUGCAACUGGCAAAUUAUAAACCUGAUAUAUAUUUAGCAGAAAAGUCAAGUUUUUAUAAGCAUACUGUGUAUUAUCCUCCACAUAUAACACAGUUAAAGUCAAUAAUGGAAGCAUUGGAGAAUCUCCAAAUAACUACUGAAAAUGCAUCAUUAAUAGGAACACAAGUUCAUGUAGCUAAGGCUUUGAUACAUUCAACUUCAAUCUUAGGACAAUCAAAGCAAAAUGUCGAAGAAGAGAAGUAUACAGGAGUUAUGUCAAUGGAUUGGGAAGAUACAUAUGUUUGCAUUAUAACCGGACUAAGCACACCUUUUGGACUUGGAAAUAUGUCAAAUGCUGGUUUUUUACUAGACAAGAGUGAUACAAACAAUAACUUGUCCAUGCUUGUUCCUAUAAUUUUCCAUAAUGAAAAGGCAAUAUGUGGAUUACGUGGAGUGUUUGGAACAGAUGAUACAUUAAUUAUUGGACAAUUAUUGUACAAUAUUAUAAUCCGUCAAUUAAACAUUUCUGAUGCUAUUGAAUAUCCAAGAUAUUAUAUUUUAACACAUGGACUUGCUAUAGAAAGUGAUCAAAAGCAUUCUGUAGAUACUUUAAUACGAAACCAAUUGAACUUAAUUGUACCACCAUCACAUGUUGAUGCUUAUUUAAUAUUAAAAAGCGUGAAUGCAAUCAUAAAGAAGAAAGAUUCGAUGUCGAGUCAUUCAGAUAGCCGCGGAGGUGGUCUUUCAUCAAGGUUUUAAAAAUUUUUCUUCCAUUUUUUAUAAAGUAUUAUACAAAAUUUUGUGUGUCCAUCCAAUUAACA